GAAUAUGGCGGCCCCCGUGAUAGGCUGCAGCCGCGGUUGGUUUCUAGCUCAGAAUUUCAGCUUUGGGAAUGUCGCUGAGCUACGCUGCCGGAAAAGUUUGGUGCUUGCUAGUAGGAGCGCAAGCAAGACUGCGGCGAAACAGAACCGUGAUGUUCCCUGGGCAGCUGUGGUGGGCCUGGAAAUUCAUGCACAGAUCUCCUCCAACUCAAAGCUCUUUUCUGGUUCACAAGUCCAGUUUGCAGCACCACCUAAUUCUUUAGUAUCAUUCUUUGAUGCUUCUCUACCAGGAACCCUACCAGUUCUCAACAGGAGAUGCGUUGAAGCAGCAGUGACAACUGGCCUUGCUCUGAACUGCACCAUAAACAAGAAGUCCUUGUUUGACAGGAAACACUAUUUCUAUGCAGAUCUGCCUGCUGGCUACCAGAUCACUCAGCAAAGGCUUCCCAUUGCGGUGAAUGGGAGACUGUCAUACAGCCUGUGCACAGGGAAAAACCAAAAUGAACUGGUAACCAAGACUGUGAGAAUCAAGCAGAUACAGCUGGAGCAAGACAGUGGAAAGAGCCUUCACGAUGACGUAAGGCAGCAGUCACUUAUUGACUUGAACAGAGCAGGAGUUGGCCUCAUGGAGGUUGUCAUGGAGCCCGACAUGUGCUGUGGGAAAGAAGCAGCCGCUGCAGUAAGAGAGCUUCAGCUUAUCCUUCAGGCUCUUGGGAGCAGCCAAGCAAACAUGGCAGAGGGUCAGCUGAGAGUUGAUGCCAACAUAUCUGUACACCAUCCUGGACAGCCAUACGGAGUGAGGGCUGAAGUAAAGAAUAUUAACAGUGCCCGCUUUCUUGCCAAGGCAAUAGAUUAUGAAAUACAAAGACAAAUUAAUGAACUGGAGAGUGGAGGAACAAUCCUGAAUGAAACCAGGGCAUUUGAUUCCAAGCUUGGGCGCACCAUAGCAAUGAGAGAUAAAGAAGGAAAACAGGACUACCGGUUUAUGCCAGAACCAAACCUUCCUCCAUUGAUUCUGCAUGAUACUAAAUCUUUGCCCACUCACACAAGCCAUCUGGAAGUGGUGAAUAUUGAUCAGCUUCAGGAAAAGCUUCCUGAUCUCCCCAGUGUGAAGAGAGCAAAGCUGGUGGAACGUUAUGAGAUUCAGCCUCAGCACAGUUUCACCCUAUUGAAUGAAGAUGGCCUAAUGGAAUUCUUUGAAACUGUGAUGACAGCUACACAGAUGAAUCCUAAACAAGUUAUUGGCUGGAUUCUGAAAGAGAUUCUUGGCUAUUUGAAACAGCAUAACCUAACGGUAGAGGAAAGUCCAGUCAGCCCUCUUCUUUUGGCUGAACUUCUGAAUCUUCUAGAAAGUGGAAUGAUUUCCUCUUCAGCAGCCAAAAAAGUGUUGAAAAUAAUGUGGAACGGGGAGGGGAAAUCUCCAACUCUGAUUGUCAAAGAAAAGGAACUUGAACUGAUUCAAGAUCAGAAUGAGCUUGAGCGCAUCUGUCAGGCUGUGAUAGACAGCCAUCAGAAACAGGUGGAAGAGAUUAAAAAGGGAAAGAAAAAAGUGCUGAAUAAUCUGAUUGGAGAGGUUCAAAGAGCAACCAGACAAAGAUCUGAUCCAGUCUCUGUUAAACAAAUAUUGGAGAAACAGCUGUUGUUGCAGCCCACAAAAAAAACUCUUUAGUUCACAUCAUCUCUGCAACUGUAGCAACCAAACUGUUGUAGAGGCUUUACUACUUGGUUGAUCACUGAAUCAAAUGAUAGUAACUGCUUUUUGAAGACAUCUGUCAAGCCAGAGAAUAAGGUAUCCAGUGAAAGAACUAAGCUGUGGUGAGACCAGGUCUUUCCUUGUAAAGUAAUUUGUUUGUAAAAUAAUGGAAAAAGACAGGCGCUUUCAUUUAAUUAUAUAGGUCUGAUACUCAAGAUAACAGAAAAAAAUCCCAUUUCCUUGCUUGACCACUUAAAAUCAAAUUAAUUAAGUGGGGGAGGGUUGCAGAGAACCACCAAAUCCUCCUCUGCUCCACUCAUUCCACCCUUGUGCCGCCACACAGAAGAUAUUCCAUUUGAAUGGGUAUGAUACUACUAUUUCCUCAGCAACAUCCUGUCCAGCUCCCAGCAUGGUCCCUGGAGCUUUGUACCCCUAAUCUUUUUCUCAUCUCUCAGCCAACCAUACCAGGUAUGGCAUACAAGCUUUCUUCUAGUGUCUCUGGACUAUGAAUUCCAUCUACCUCAGAUUACCUGCAAAUGGCUGUAGUAUUUUUUUUCACUUGUUUCUCUCAAAAUGAAAAGGGAACAAAGAAGUCUGAAUUAGUAAGAAAGUCUGUAGUUUUGAACCUCUGAUUAAACUCUUCAAUAUGUAAAUAAGGUAUUAAAUAUAAAUUAUUUCACAAUUACUGUAAAUUAAUCUCCCUCAGGUCAGUAGUCAUACUGCAUCACAUUUAACUCCUUAGGCAAAUGAAAAAUUCUUUUUGACUCUGACCUCUGUCUUGAAUGGGGAAGGAAGAAAUUGCAUUCCUCUAGAGGACAUUUCUCUUCAUUGAUCUACUGUUAAAUAUGGAUGUUGUGGUCUCUGCUUUUUCAAUGUAGUAAAUAAAAAGCCCUGUUAAGAGCAAAGUUUGUUUAAAACACAGUCUGAAAAUUUGUUGUGCUAAGAGAUCAUAGUCUUGCAACUUUUACAUUGUGGAACAAAAUGCCGCCAAGCAGCUUAAAGCGGAUCAGUUGCAUUCUCUCUGGAAUGUUAAGCCGACUCCUCCCAGAAUUACCCUUUAUUCAAUGCAUCAAGCACUGCUGAGAAGAAAUAUUUUGCUUUUGGACUCAAGCCAAGAGAAGCUAUGAUGAGUCUUUCAAGCAACGCCUCCAGGUUUCUAACAAUGUCUUCAGACUUCUGGCCACAUCGAAAGAAAGCAACUGAGAUUUGUAGAGCAGCAAAUGGGCAAGUGAAAAUGUUUGAAAUGUUCAAUUAAUGAAAUGAAAUGUUCAAUGAAUAAAGUUGUAUGCAAGAAUAAUUAAAGAUUUUAUAAACAAUAAAA